AUGAGAUUCUUUUGUGCAUUGCUGAAAGUUUUGACCUGUCCCGCGACAUCUUGGCGUUUGUCCAAGUCCAAACGAACGUCUCGCCUACUACUCCCGGUUCUCUACAACUUCAAUAUUGAAAAGCAACACAGCUCGGCAUUAUGCUGGGCAGCCCAGCGUGAUCACUCGCUGUUGGCAGAACGACUUGUUCGAGAGUAUCAUGGCAAUGUGAACGCUGUCCAUGACGGCAACACUCCGCUUCUGUACGCCGCCUCGGAUGGCUCAAUCAAGGUUGUUGAUGCUCUCCUCGCCAGCCGGCAGAUCCAAGUUAACUGGCGGAAUACAAAGGGUCAUUCUGCCCUCUGGCGUGCGGCACGGUACGGAUAUACCGACAUUGUUAAGCGAUUAUUGAAGCAAGACAACAUCAAAGUCAAUAUCGCCGAUCGAACUCAGGGGACAACGCCUCUGGCAGUGGCUGUAAUACAGGGACAUGCUAAGACUGUAGAGUCUCUCCUGACAGCUCGACGAAUCAAAGUUAAUAUAAGGGACCGGCGUGGCUGGACACCGGUUUUUCAUGCUCUUUCCCGUGCCAUUUCCUACGGGGACCGGAGCAUCUUAGAGAUGAUUCUUACAAGGCCAGACGUGGAUCUUCUGCACCAGGAUGAAGAAGGCCGUACACCACUCAUAUAUGCUGUACAGUAUAACGAAGUAAGCCUCACGGCGAUGUUUUUGCGCCAUCCAACAUCCCGUACCGAGCCUCGGGAUUUCCACGGUCGGACAGCUCUUUGGUACGCCGUACAACAAGGAAACACAGAUAUUAUCCCGCUUCUCUUGGACAGCGGCGCGGAUGUCGCUCUUAACCCGAACGUUACGGACGACUGCGGCCGCACUCCACUGAGCUGUGCAUCCCGCGCAGGUAACUUGCCAAUGGUGGAGCUCCUGCUGAGUCGAUCUGACGUGCGAGUGAAUUCAGCAGAGCAAAACGAACAGCCACCGCUGUGGUCAGCUGCUUCGCAAGGACAUAUCCAGGUCGUCGAGCGCCUGCUGCAGUGUGGAGAUAUCGAAGUUAAUCAGGGAUGGGGCCCUUAUUCGUCUCCGCUCCUGGCCGCAAUAACGCGCGGUCAUUCCGGUGUAGCCAUGCGGUUGCUGAAUUGCGUCCCACGGCCGGAUGUCAAUGCCCGGACCUACCUGGGGGAUUCUGCUCUCUCUCUGACCGCUCGCGAAGGACAUGUGGACGUGGUUGCGCGUCUCUUAGAGGACUGGCAGACUGACCGCAAUGGUGCCGACAGGCAGGGACGCACUGCGUUAUGGUGGGCGGCCCGGGCGGGUCAGGCUCAAAUUGUGCAGCGGCUGCUGGAGGACGACCGGGUUCUAAUCGACGUGAUGGAUAACGACGGGGUAGAUGCUAUGGGUGCCGCGAGGAGCUAUUAUCACUUUGAAGUGGUUUGGCUGAUUCGGACUCAUUACUUCGGGCGAUACAGUAACUGGACAGGCGGUAGACCCCACAAUUUGACGACUAGAAGUUAG